GUCUCCACUUGCCAAUACAUACUACACAAUUAGAGAAACUGCACACGCCUUGACUGUUUACGCGAGGGGACGUGUAACGUGGUCCUAUAUCUUUGCCUCUGUUGGUCCUCCCAAUACCUCACGACGGAUUGCGUAGGAGCGAAGUCUAUACGCCGCCGCUUGCCGCUAUAGGUUAUAAGCGCGGCAGCGGCGGCGGCGGUGUAGGGUCCUUUCUGAGAGAAUCCAAAGCAGGCCGCGCGCACCCCCCAAAACCUUGCCCUAGAACGCACGUCCCAAUACCAUGAGGGUGUCUGCCUUGUUCUUUGACAAGGAUGCACGGUAUCCGUGCUUGAUCAGCCCUUGCAAGGCAUGGGACGAUGCGCUGUCACAGGCGGUGUCGGGCCCCGAGCUUAAAGUCUACUGCUACUGGUACAUACUGCGUGUAUUGGGAAUGUUUGGGGUUGUUGUAUGGUCAAAAGUGUUGCUAUGUUGCUGGGUUGUAGAGUAAGCAUUCUUGACUGGCGGGGAUGCCCAAGGCACCGACGCAUACCUUAUCAGUGCGCGUGUACGUCUUUAUGUGUAGGGAGAGUAAAAAGGUUUCAACUUUAUUAACACUUCAUAUCAGCAGUGGAGGUGAGUGGAAGCAUAGCUGCGAUGGGCGCCUUGCUUAGGAGGAAAGUGUCCGGCUAUAUACCCAUACUUCUAUGCACAGGCCAAGUUCCCGACCUCCGCCUUCUUCCACUUGAUCGUGCCGAGAAUCCCAGUGCAUUCGAGAGGUUUGCUGAGGAGCAUCAGCAUUGCUUGGAAAACAGGAAGGCGAUCGUCAUCAAGAUAAAUGAGACUCGCGAACUGCUGCUCGCGCCUGUCUUCUCAGUUCAAGAUGACGGCACCAAGGGGCCGGUCUUUUGGGGUUACAUGCUGUAUUUCGGUGUGGCCUCCGCCGUGUCGCUCAUGUUAGACAACAGCCGCAUGGCUGUAGUUCUUGACUUGGACGAAACACUGCUGGUGGCAAACUCAAUGUCGACGCUUGAUUCGAAGAUAGAGGUGGCGCGCAAGAACAGACGUCUCAAAGCCGCGGAGCUGCGUGAGCUGCUGUCCGGCGGAGUGACGGGCGACAGCGAGGAGGCCGCCCGGCUGCGUGGCGCGGAGGCUGCUGCCGCGCGCGAGGAGGAGCUGCUGGCUGGGGACCUGGAGCUGCUGCGGCAGUUCGCAAAGACGGACAGCAUCACAUACAACGGAGUGACGUACAAGGCCAGGCCCGAGCCCGCCUACCUGGAGGACGGCACCGCCAUCCGCCGCCCGGUCAUCCGGCUGGACAAGCCGCAGCCGCUCAUGCUGACGCGCAUCCGACCCGAGCAGCGCGAGACCAGCAUGAUCCUGCGACCGCGACCCAGCUGGGAGGAGCUGCGGGGGCUGCUGGCGGGGGAUUCGGAGCCGGAUGGGAAGAUCAAGCAGCGGUUUGACGUGUACGUGUGUACGGCUGCGGAGCGGCAGUACGCGCUGGAGGUGUGGCGGCUGCUGGACACGCGCGCCAGCAUCAUCCCCGUGGAGCAGCGUCGCGCGCGCAUCAUCAACGUGCCCGGCGGCAGGAAGAAGCAGCUGCUCAAGUCCCUGGGCGUCGCUGACUGCGCCGGCAACUCGCGGCUGGAGUGGCCGGAGCUGCAGGAGGACGAGCCGCCGCUGCCGUUGGCGGUGGUGCUGGACGACCGGCUGGAUGUGUGGGAGCCGGCGGCGCAGCCGUGCAUCCUGCAGGUUGUCCCCUGGUACUGGUACCGCGACGAGGCGGCCCGCCUGGUGUCCGGCCCCGGCACCCCCGCCGACCGACUGGCACUCGCCUCGGAGAACGAAAUCAAGCGCAUGCGCGACGCGGUGAUGCAGCUGCGCGCGGAGCUCUUCUUCGACAUCAACGAGCGGCUGCGGGCGCUGGCGGAGCGGCUGGUGACGGUGGGGGCGCCGGAGGAGCAGCAGCGGCGCGACCCGGGGGUGCUGCUGCCGGGGCUGCGGAGCGUGGCUAGCGUGCUGAGGUCGGGCGGCAGUCGGGUGUACCAGAUGCCCACCCUGGCCUCCAUCGCGGCGCAACUGCGGCUCAGCAGCAACACGCCCCCGCCCGACCAGCAGUCCGAGCCCGCACCCGCAACAGCACCCAUGCUACCAGCCCCCGCAGCAGCAGCACCAGCCAUGCAGCUACAGCAGCAGCAGCAGCCGCUACCGCUGCAUGCGGGGGGGCUGCCGCCCGCCUUCGGGCCCCUGGGAGCUGCGCCGCAGCAGCCGCUGUCAGCGGGGCCGGUGGGCGGACCCAUGGGUCAGGAGGGUGUGCCUGCGGCGAAUGGCUCCGGGGCGGCGGGGCAGGGGCAGGGGCCGGCGCCAGUGAUUUCAUUGAAGCCAGUGGACCCGCGAGCAGCACGUCGGGCAAGGCAAGCAGCCGCCUCCCGCCAAGCGCAGGCGGGGACGCUACCGGCACCCCAACCGCUACAGCAGCAGCAGCAGCUCCCGCAGCAGCAGCAGCCCGUACUUGCGCCCUUCGGGGCCCCAGCACAGCCGGUUGUGGUCCCUGAGCCGCCCAAGCGUCGUACGACUACUGCCAUGCUGGACCCUAGCAAGUGGAGCAUCGAGGCCUUCGACUCCGGACUCCAACCCCAGCCCCAACCGCAACCGCAGCCUCAACCCCAGCAGCUGCAGCAACAGCAGGUCCCCGCUGCCGAGCCGCGCCCGGGGUUGCCCGCCGUCACUGCGCCGCCCAGCGCGGCUACCACCGCCCCCGCACCGGCAGGUGGUGCGGGUCCGCAGCCUGCAGGGGAGGCUGCGACGCAGCAGCAGCAGCAGCAGCAGCAGCCUCCUCAGCUGCCAUUGCCACCAGCACCAGCGGCGGGCGAAGGCCCCACGCGACCUGCAUCAGCACCCGCGGACCGAGCGGAGGAGCAUGGCAGGGGGGCAGGAGCGGCGGGCGGGAUGAAUGGCGGAGCCCCCGUCCCUGUAGUAGCAGCACCCACUGCUGCCAGCGCCGAAAGCACGGCGUCGAACGCUGCUACUGCUGGCGGUGCUUCUGGACAGGGACGGGGCUCAGCUGUGGCUGCGGAUGCGUCAGGGACUCAGCCGCAGCAGGUGCCAUCGGGUCUGCUACGUCCCUCGGCGCCAGCAGCAGCCCAGCAGCAGCCUCAGCAGCAGCAGGCGGGACCUCCAGGCGGAGGCGAUGGAGGCGGAGAGGGUGGCGGCGGCGCUCAACCCGCGGCGCCGGCCUCAGCCUCAGCGGCUGCUGCGGCCCCCGGCGGAGGGACUCCCCGUGUCAACGAUGCCCUGGUAGCUGCGCUGUUCAACCAGUUCAGUGCGUACGAGCCCAAGCUGCGUGCGCAGGUUGAGGCAUGGCUGAAUCAGGGGCCGGCAGGGGUGGCUAAAGUCGUGGGGUUGCUUCAGCAGCAGCACAGCAGCAAAGUUGCCGCCCAGCAAGGGCAGCCGCAGGGGCAGCAGCCGGGACCGCCGCCAGCUGCGCAACAGCACCCUCCUGGUCCUCCUCCUCCUGCUCCUCCCCAGUCGCUAGCGCAGCCGGAACAGCAGCAGCAGGGGCAGCAGAAGGCCCAGCAGCCGGCGCCUCCCCCGCAGCAGCAGCAACCUCAGCAGGAGGGGCAGCCGCCUCAGGCUUCGCAGCAACAGCAGCGGCAGAUACCGCCGGCUGGUCCCCAGCAGCAGCAACCGCCUCAGCAGCAGCAACAACAACAACAACCUCACAGCCAGCAAGCAGUACCUGGCCAGCAGCCCCCCAUGUCUGCAUCCGGGCAGCUCCAACCGCCCCAACAACCGCAGCAGCAGCAACCGCAGCAGCAGCAACUGCAGCAACCGGCACCCUCCCAGCAACAGCAGCCGCAAGGAGGGCCUCCACACUACCAGCAACAGCAGCCGCAUCCCCACCAACGCCCACCUCCGCACCCGCAACAGCCGCAGCCUCCGCAGUCUCAACAACAGCAACAGCAGGCCUUCCCAGGAGCUCCCAACGUGCCUCCACCGCGCCCGCCUCCCCACCCGCCUGUUCCCGGCCGACCCCCAACUCCGCCCGUGCCAACGCCGUCCUUGCAAAGCCAGGGCAGCCAAGGCAGCUUGCCUGGGCCUGCGCCCAUGCAAGCUGGCCCCGGCGCUGGGGCAUCAGUCCAGGGUCCUGGCGCCGCUCCCCCUGCUGGCGGGCCUGCCAGCCUGCCGCCUCCUGAGUUCCUCCCCCCGCCUGGCGGCCAGGGUCAGGGGCUGCAGGGGCAGCUGGUGGUGGCUCCCGACGGGCGCCUCAUCUUCCAGCCGCAACCGCAGCCCAUGCAGCCAGGCGGCCCAGGACCGGGCCCGGGUCAGGUUGUUGGGCCGGGGCAAGGUCUCGCCAUGGGCGGGCCUGGGGUUCCGCCGCAGGGGCAGCCGGGGCCCGGGCAGCAGGCGCCAGGUAUGGUCAUGGGACCCGCGGGUCAGAUGGGGCCCCCGGGGGCAGGGUUCCCGCCGCAAGGGCACAUGCAGCAGCCGCAGGGGCAGCCGCAGAUGCUCCAGCCGCCCAUUCAGCUGCCUGGCGGCGGGCUAGCUACGGCGCCUGCACCCGGACCCAUGGUCAUGCAGGGCCCGGCGGGUUUCAUGGGUCAGCCCGCUCCGGGGGGCCACAUGAUGCAGCAACCGGUGUUCAUGGGGCGACCACAGGGCUUCCCUGGCACGGGGGUUGCGCCAGGCAUGAUCACGAUAGCAGCGGCGCCGGCACCCGGGAUGGGCCAGCCGGGAAUGAUGGGCGGGGGAAUGAUGGGCGGACCCCCCAUGCAGCAGCAGCAGCCGCAGCCCCACCUGCAACAACCGCAGCCGCAACAGCAGCAGCCACCACAGAUGGGCAUGGCCAUGCAGCCCAAUGGGAUGCCCAUGAUGCUGGUCAUGCCUCCGCAAGGCGGCGGCGGCGGACCGCAGGGGAUGCAGGUGGGGAUGGGCGGCAUGCAGCUGCAGCAGCCGGGGGGUGGACCCAUGCAGAUGCAGCAGCCGGGCGGAGGACCCAUGCAGAUGCAAGGCAUGCCUCCGGGGCACCCGCAGCCGCCACAGCACCAACCGCAGCACCAACCCCAGCAACACUACCCGCUACAGCAGCAACAACAACCGCUACAGCACCAACAACAACCCCCAGGCGGCCCCAUGCUGCCCAUGGGUAUGCCGCCGCAGCCGCAGCAACAACAGCAGCCCCACCCGCAGCACCCCCAGCACUUGCCACCGCAUGGUGGCCCCAUGGCCGGGAUGCCCCCCCAGGCUGGACCCAUGGGCGCUCCCUUUGGCGGCGGCCCCGGCCACCAGCCGCCCCCACACGGCCCCAUGCAGCACCCGCAGCAGCACCCCCAGCACCUACAACAGCAUCCGCAGCAGCAGCAGCAGGGCGGCAUGUCGCAGCAGCCCAUGCAGCCCGGCAUGCAGUACCCAGGCGGGGGGCCCCAGCCUCAGCCGUCCUACAUGGGCGGGCCGGGGCCCGGGCCGGGUCAGCCCAUGCCCGGCAUGAUGGGUCCCCAGGGCGGCAUGGUGGGUGUAUCCGGGCAGCCAGCCAUCAGCGGCAUGAAGCGACCCCCCUCGCCCUCUUCCUCAGGCGCCGCACGACAGCAAGUCCGGCAAGACCACCAGCAGCGCUAGCAGCUUGCCAGGAGGUCUGCCUCCUUGGCAGCAACCCCAGCAACAACCGCAACCCCAGCAGCAACCGCAGCAGCAGCAGCAGCAGCGGGGGCCGCCGCCGCCUCCCGCGGCUCCUCCCCCGCAGGAGCCGGUGCAGAUGGUGGCGGUUGAGAACCCGGUAACGAAGCUGAACGAGUUGGCGCAGCGGAACCGUGUGAAGCUGGACUUCCUGUCGGGGGAUGACAGCAGCCCGGGGCACUGGGUGGUGGUGGUGCACUACGGGGGGAAGGAAACCGGCCGCGGGCAGGGUCAGACCAAGAAGGAAGCCAAGCGUCUCGCAGCCAUGGCCGCCCUGAGGCGCCUGGGCGUGCAGCUCGCCACCGCACCCGCACCCGGCCCCUCAGCAGCGCCGUCGGGCCACCCGCAGCCGCAGCCGCAACCACAGCAGCAGCAACCAGCAGCUGCACGACCGGCCGCCUUCAUAGGGCCCGCACCUGCUCCUGUUGCACCUGCCCCGCAACCUGCGGCGUCCUCCUCCUCACAUGAGGGGGCUGGUGGUGCUGCUGGUGUUGGUGUGGGGGGCAUGCAGAGCUCAGUAGGUGGCACGGGUGGCACGGGUGGCCAUGUCGCCAGCGAGGUCAGCCUGCAGCGGCUGAUGCAGAUCUUCAGCAAGGAGAGCUGCAUUUGGAAAACGCUGCGGAACGAGGGCAGCCCGCCUAACAAGCUGGUCGAGGUGGAGCUCAUCAUCCGCAACACGCCGCACCGGGUGAUCGCAGUGGGCGCGAACUUCCGCAUGGCUCGACUGGAGGCCAGUGCGCGCAUGCUGACACACCUGGGGGUGCCGCCCACACCACCCGCCGGGGACACGGGAGGAGCAGGA